GCUGGGUAAUGGUGAUUGCUUUUGUUGGUGGAGUGACGUGUGUGAGCGAGAUGUGAAUUGAAUGUUUUGAUUUUUAUCAACUUUAUAAGAAAAUCAAUUCUACACAAACUAAGUUAAUUUAUUUAGUAGUAUGUGAUGUUAGAUAUUAAGUAUUAAAGAGUGCUUACUAUUUACUGCAUUUUUCUAGUGUAAAUAAGUUUUAUCUUUUGGUAGAGUUCAUAACAACAGUUGAUCGAUUUCAAUAUUUCAAAUAUAAUUGUGUACUGAAGUGUUCGAAAAUGGGCGACAAAGACGAUUAUUUAACGUGCUAUCGAGUAUUUUUUGAAAAUUUUGCUGCGACCGUGAACCACGAGGACCAACUACCAGUAAACAUUGUUGGGUAUACAAUCACAGAGGCCGAGUUGCCGGGAGAGGUGAUUUAUUGGAUGACCCAGUACCUGACAGAAAAACAAUGCCCCCCGACGCUGAUGACGCCGCUCUGCAGGAUAAUCCUGGAGGAGGUGACGGCGGAAGCCAGGAAACACCCCCUCAACUUCGGCUUCGACGUUAACGAAUCAGUGUUCAUUGCGCUGAAGCUGAUGCAAGCGGUGAUGGCGCGUGUGAACGAGGUCUGUCUACGCUAUCAGGACAACUCAAAGCUGGACUCUUUGCCGCCGCCGGCGCCGCUACCCCGUGAGUCGCGCACUGUUGCAGCCGCUAUCAAGAACAUGCGACGUACAAUGGAGGAUCGGCACGUCGUUAUUGGCAACUUGGAAGCACUCUUCGGCAUCGAAACAUCGGAGCCGACGAGUUUCUACGCAGUAUACGAUGGGCACGCAGGUUCCGCGGCGGCCACGUACUGCGCGGCGCAUCUACACCAGUACUUGGUGGACAGCCCCUACUUCCGCACAGACCUGCAGCGCGCCAUGCUCGAAGCCUUCCUCAGAACUGACUCGGAGUUCGUCAGCAAAAGUAAUCAAAGGGUGCGAUAUCUGAUUUAAUUUGUUGUUUUUCUAGCUAUUUCU